AGCUGUUCUAAGUUCCUUGUAUUGUUUACUUUUGGUUGUGUCUGAAGCCCAUAUACACAAUUCAAGUGAUUGUCUUUUGUAGUAUCUUAAUUGUUAUUUUGCAGAUACAUCAGCUGAAAUGGAUGAUUUCGACUUAGAACUGGAUGAGUUGGAAUUAACUGCAGCAGCGGCUGGGUACCAUUAUUAUAGCAGUAUUACCAAGCAACCUUGUCAUAGUUUGUCACCCAGUAAAGGAUGUGGAUUUAUGGCAGAGGUGCUAAAUGGUCAUGGUGUUGUGUUCCAGGAAAUGUUUCGAAUGGAUAAAAAUGUAUUUCACAAAUUGUGUGACAUUCUUCGUCAAAGAGGCAUGUUGCGUGAUACUGCUGGUGUUAUGAUAGAGGAGCAGCUUGGAAUAUUUUUGAAUAUUAUUGGCCAUAAUGAGCGGAACAGAGUAAUCCAAGAGCGGUUUCAUCACUCAGGUGAAACCAUCAGCCGUCAUUUCAACAAUGUGUUGAAGGCAGUCAAGUCGCUUUCACGUGAAUUUUUACUAACUCCAAACCCCAGCACUCCUCCAGAAAUCCUUGGAAAUAACAGAUUUUAUCCUUAUUUUCAGGAUUGUAUCGGAGUCAUUGGUGGGAUGCACAUUCCUGCCCAGGUACCAGCCAAAGAUCAAUCCCGCUUUCGUAAUAAGAAAGGCGUUCUAUCACAAAAUGUGUUGGCAGCUUGCACGUUGGACCUUCAGUUUAUAUUCAUUUAUCCUGGUUGGGAAGGCUCUGCAGCAGGUUCACGUGUAUUGAGAGCAGUCCUUGAUGAUCCACAUCAAAAUUUCCCACAUAUUCCUGAAGAUAAAUAUUUCCUUGUUGAUACUGGAUAUGCAAAUAUGAAGGGAUUUAUUGCGCCAUUCGAAGGGGUCAGGUAUCAUAUCCAUGAAUAUAGAGGUGCUAAUCAGUUGCCUAGAAAUGCAAGGGAGCUAUUUAACCAUAGACAUUCAUCUCUUAGUAAUGUCAUCCGGAGGUCUUUCCAUGUGUUGAAAACUAGGUUUCCUAUUCUCAAAGUUGCUCCUCAGUAUGCUUUUCAUACUCAAAGAGAUAUAGUUAUAGCUGCUUGUGUUCUACAUAAUUACAUCCGACGUGAGUGCAAAAAUGAUUGGCUGUUUUCCAGCAUGGAAGGGAUGACAGUGGAUGAGCCACCUGAUGUUGAUGAACAUACUGAUAUCGGGUUGGUUUCUUCAGCACAAGACCAGGUUGCUUUUUCAAUGAGAGAAUCAAUUUCUGCUGAAAUGUGGAAUCACUUUAUGAAUGGAUGGGAUCAGUGGUGACCAUUCUUAAAUACUUUUAUUUUACCAUAUAUUUUUAUAAUCUUCAUUUUUAUCAUUUUUGGGUGAAGUUAUAAACUUACAAUUGGUACUUUCAUACUUUUCAUGGUGAUUAUGCGAGGAAAGUUGGUUACUUCUGUUAGCAUUAGAACGACCAGUCAAUUGAGAAUAUCAUACAUCUUGAUGAUAAAUGCAGUAAGGUUUUGGUGUCGCUUCUU